ACUUACCAUUGAAUGUCACGAACAGUUUUAUUCUAAAAGAUUCAGCAUGCUAGUUAGUUUAGCUACAUGCUGACAAAGUUAAUGCUAGUCCGUUAGCUAGCUAGCGCUAGAUUCAUUUCCACCGGCGAGUGGGCGUCUUGAGAAAAAGACGAAUAGCGUUUCUGGGCAGAGGAACGUUAGCUAGCUAGAUAAACCUUACCGUAAUCAGUUUUUGGGAGUUCAGGGGGAUUUCGACGUGUUUUGUAAUGAAAAGUAACGUUAACGUUAUACUGGGUGUUUUUAAGCUAACACAGGCAAAAGGAAAGUCUUUUGCAACUCAUUCGUGGUUACAAUAUGAAAGUAAAAGGGUAACGUUAACGUUAUUACAUGUUAAUAAGGAAAGGGAAAGCAGCAUGUGAGUCCAGAGAUGAGGUGUGGUGGCGACUUGCUUGAGGGGCUGAUAGCAGUGGAGCAGGGAUGGUUUGCCUGUCAUGACUGCUCUCCUCUGGAUGCUCGCAUGGCUGCCUCAGGUCCUAACAGCUAUGAGUGAAGUCCCCCAGCCUGUCAAUGUGACUCUGUCCUCAAAACAUUUCAUUCAUGUGCUGAAAUGGGCGCCUGGACCCAGGACACCCACAGGAGUCCACUACCAUGUCAGCGUUCGCACAAUGUGGGGGACUUCUUUGGUGCCAGUGGCUGGCUGCGAGCAUGUCCAGCACCCACUGGUUUGCAACCUGACAGAGGCCUUCUCUGACCCAAAUGAGUCCUACUUUACCCAGGUUAAAGCAGUGCUGGACGCACAGGUCUCAGAACCAGUCAUCCAACCAGAAUAUAAGCCAAUCAGAGACACUGACAUGGAUCUGCCGCUGCUGACCGUGACGCCCUGUGGACCAAACUUGUGUGUGGAACUUCAGCCUCCCAUGGAGCACCUUAGGGGGAUCUAUGAUUCUCUGCGGUACAGACUCAGGAUACAGGAUACAGGAUACUCAGGCAGCAGUACAGACAAAGCUCAGUUUAAUUACACCAGGUCUCUGAGACGAGUGCCUUUGGAGGGUCUGGUAUCUGGCAGAGAGUACUGUGUCUCAGUCUGCUUCUCAGACGAUUUUGCGCCUAGGAAAUCCAGCUACAGCCAACCUGUGUGUGCUUCCACCCCUGGCCUCUUCACUGCAGGCACAGACCUGUGGAUCGCAGCCUUGUUGAUUUUGUUGGUGAUGUUGGUUUUGGUCGUGGUGGUCCUGCUGGUCUUUACUGGUUUCAUCUGUCUGAGGAGGAGGUCAUUACCAUCAGUCCUGGACAUCCAUCACAUAGAAGGGCUUGUAGUGGUCGCAUCCUGCAAGACGUCCCUGUCUUCUCUCCUGGAUGUUAAUCCAACGGCGCCCUCUUCAGGUGAAAAGAGGAGCAGCCAAACAUCAGACCAGAGCGAUGUCGAGAGUGAAACGGAGAGCACUGGUGGGACCAGAGGAGGAGGAGGGUAUAAACUGCGGAGGGGCACUAACCUGCUCUCUUCCUCCUACUCAUCUCCAUCAUUGUUGUCUGCUCCUUUAUGCGCCGAGCCGGAGCCGUUGCUGCCGAGCUUUUCCUCAGACCAAACGCCAUCAGACUUCUUCCAUCUCCAGCCCGAACCCUCCGUCUCUGCAGAGACACAUUCCCGUGCUGGACCAAAGGAUUCUCUGCCGAUUUCAGAGCCGAGUUCAGACCCCCGCCCUGCAGAAGCAGACCUUUUGACUGUAGGAAAAAUCCAGCCAGAGAAGGCGGAGGAGAAGGUGGCGGGAGACGGGGGCAGCCAGGAUGUCAACCUCUUCACACUGACCUUCGGCACAUAUGGCGAGGAAAAGGAGGAGGACUCCCACGUGGACGUGGCUGAGGUGGAGACAGAGUCUUCCUCUUCUUCAGAGGUGUACCGCACCAUCCCAACUCCGCCCUCACAAACUACGGACAUUUCCAUAGCAACUGUUUCCUACUCUGACGAUGACGAAGACGAGGAGGAAGAUGAGGUGGACGAGCUCUCUGGAUAUAUGAGGCGUCCAUAGAUGUCUGACAGGACCUAUUUUAGAAGUCUUGCGGUUUUCCAGCUGGACGUUACUCCGUUUCACGUCUUUUUACAGUCUCAUAGUGUUUACAACGAUACACUCAACUCCCGAUUCGGUUCAGGAUUUUAAGUUGGCGAUACCAUUUUCUCAGACAAAAAAAACAUUCUUUUAUUUCUAUAAACUGUGCAAAACAGAUGUGUCCUCUGUGUGAAACUAAAGUAGGUUACGCCCUAGGCCGUUUAAAAACGGCAUCACCAUUCAUUUUUUUGUCUCAACCUUUACACAUUUAUAUCCAUUUAACCGGUUGGCGAUGCAUUGUUACAUCCCUAUUAAUAAUGUGUUAUAACCAGUGUUAGGGAAAUCCGACUGUGAGCUCAUGUUGCAGCACCGGUCUAAAUACAUUUCCCCCAACUGAGUCCUGAGCGCUGAUAUAUUGUGAUGAGUAAUGCUCAGUACGGCAUGGACAUAACUCCUCUCACACAGUUUUAAAAUCAGUCGUCUAAAACGUUUCGAACGAUGGGUCUCAUGCAGGAACCGCUUGUGCAAACAUUUGUUCUUUGAAUUGAUAGGACAGUUGUAGACAGGAAGCGGGGGGAGAGAGAGGGAAGAUGUGUACGAAGGGCCCCAGGUCGGAAUUGAACCCUGGGCCGCUCCACAAUGGACUGAGCGUUGGUACAUGCGUCGCACACUCUACCAGGUGAGCUACCAGGGCGCCCCACAAACAUUUGUUCUUAAUGUAAGUAAUAUUAUUAAUAUAAGUGGCACUUUUGGGCGAUAAAGAAAACUUGUCACAUUAAUCAAUUAACAUUUUUUCUUUAGAAGAAACUGCCAGAGACAUGUUCUCAUGUACAAAUCUUGGUCAGACAGUCUGCCUGUAGCGCUCUUUCAAACUCCACUUCUUGACUCGCAUGGAAUCACCACUCUAUUACAUUACAUGUCAUUUAGUGGACGCUUUUAUCCAAAGCGA